GGGCGCUGGUGAAGUCUCUCCCGGCACCCACAGCCCGGCGCACAUUCCUCUGCUUCCACCAGCGAUCAAGAUACUGAAAUCUGGAAAAAGCAACUUUUUCAGGUGACGCGUCCAUGGAGCGGCUCUUGGCCCAGUUGUGCGGCACCAGCGCAGCGCGGCCGCUCCCGCUGUGGCAGGGGAACACCCCGGGCCAUUGCUUUACCCAGCUAGUGCUCGGCGCCCUGCCCCACACGCUCCUCGCCGUGCUCAGCGCCUGCUACUGGGGCACCCCGAGGAGUCCGGAUUAUAUCCUACCCUGCAGUCCUGGCUGGCGCCUCCGACUUGCAGCAUCCUUCCUGCUUUCCAUCUUCCCGCUGCUAGACCUCCUUCCAGUUGCUUUGCCACCUGGGGCAGGCCCAGGGCCCGUAGGGCUAGAGGUGUUGGCAGGGUGUGUGGCAGCUGUGGCCUGGCUCAGCCACAGCCUGGCCCUCCUGGCCCUGUGGGCAUUGGCUCAUUCUCCUCAUGGCCGCUCCCGGGGGCCGCUGGCUUUAGUUCUGGCAGCCUUCCUGCCAGCCCCAGCCCUCGUGCUGACACUGUUGUGGCAUUGCCAACAAGGCACACUUCUGCCCCCACUCCUUCCAGGACCCCUGGCCCGUCUGUGCCUUCUCAUCCUGCAGUUGGCUGCACUGUUGGCCUAUGGACUGGGCUGGGCAGCCCCUGGAGGGCCACAAGAACCCUUGGUUCAUGAUCCCCUCCUGUCUGAGGGGCAGGAAGCUGAGGUAGCUGAAGAUGGAGAGAGUUGGUUGUCACGUUUUUCUUAUGCCUGGCUGGCACCCUUGUUGGCUCGUGGGGCCCGUGGAGAGCUCCGGCAGCCCCAGGACACUUGCCACCUCCCUCACAGGCUGCGUUCAGCCUACCUGGCCCGUGCCUUCCAGGCACACUGGCAGGAAGGGGCCCAGUUGUGGAAGGCCCUGUAUGGAGCCUUUGGGCAGCGCUACCUGGCACUUGGACUGCUGAAGCUAGUAGGGACCAUGCUGGCAUUCUCAGGGCCCUUGCUGCUUUCCCUGCUGGUGAGCUUUCUGGAGGAGGGGCAGGAACCACUAAGCCAUGGCCUACUCUAUGCCCUGGGACUAGCCAGUGGGGCUGUGCUGGGCGCUGUGCUGCAGAAUCAGUAUGGGUAUGAGACACGCAAGGUGACACUGCAGGCCCGGGGAGCCGUGCUGAGUAUCCUGUACCACAAGGCUUUAUACCUGGGGCCUAGCCGCCCUCCUGCCGGGGAAGCCCUAAACCUGCUAGGCACCGACUCUGAGCGGCUGCUUAACUUUGCCGGAAGCUUCCAUGAGGCAUGGGGCCUGCCCCUGCAAUUGGCCAUCACCCUUUACCUGCUGUACCGCCAGGUUGGCGUGGCUUUCGUGGGUGGUCUGAUCUUGGCACUGCUCUUGGUACCUGUCAACAAAGUGAUCGCCACCCGCAUCAUGGCCAGCAACCAGGAGAUGCUGCAGCACAAGGACUCACGGGUUAAGCUCAUGACCGAGCUGCUGAGUGGUGUUCGAGUCAUCAAGUUCUGCGGGUGGGAACAGUCACUGGGGGCUCGAGUAGAGGCCUACCGGGCUCGAGAGCUGGGACGACUUCAGGUCAUCAAAUACCUGGACGCGGUCUGCGUGUACCUGUGGGCUGCCCUGCCGGUUGUCAUCUCCAUCGUCAUCUUCAUCACCUACGUCCUUAUGGGACACCAGCUCACAGCCACCAAGGUGUUCACGGCCCUGGCUCUGGUACGCAUGCUCAUUCUCCCCCUCAACAACUUCCCUUGGGUGAUCAAUGGCCUUCUGGAGUCCAAAGUGUCCCUUGACCGGAUCCAGCGUUUCCUUGACCUUCCAAACCACAACCCCCAGGCCUACUACAGUCCAGAUCCCCCCAUAGAGCCAUCCACCAUAUUGGAGCUGCAUGGAGCCCUGUUUUCCUGGGAUCCAGUCGGAACCAGUCAGGAGACCUUCAUCAGUCACCUCGAAGUGAAAAAGGGUAUGCUGGUGGGCAUCGUGGGGAAGGUGGGCUGUGGCAAGAGCUCACUGUUGGCCGCCAUUGCUGGGGAGCUCCACAGGUUGCGUGGGCGGGUGGCAGUGUGGGGGCUGUCCAAGGGCUUUGGCCUGGCCACCCAGGAGCCCUGGAUCCAGUUCGCUACCAUCCGAGACAACAUCCUCUUUGGAAAGACAUUUGAUGCCCAGCUGUACAAGGAGGUGCUGGAGGCCUGCGCCCUCAAUGACGACCUCAGUAUCUUACCAGCUGGAGAUGAGACAGAGGUGGGGGAGAAGGGCGUGGCCCUCAGCGGAGGACAGCGGGCCCGGAUUGCCCUUGCUCGUGCUGUCUACCAGGAAAAGGAACUCUAUCUCCUUGAUGACCCCCUGGCUGCUGUGGAUGCAGACGUGGCCAACCACCUGCUGCACAGGUGCAUCCUGGGAGUGCUGAACCACACCACACGGCUGCUCUGCACCCACCGCACCGAGUACCUGGAGAGGGCUGACCUGGUGCUGCUGAUGGAGGCCGGGCGCCUCAUCCAGGCUGGGCCCCCCUCUGAGAUUCUGCCAUUGGUACAAGCUGUCCCCAAAGCCUGGGCUGAGGAAGGACAGGAGUCUGACUCAGUUACAACACAGUCGGUACAGAACCCAGAGGAAAAAGAGGGGCCGGAGGUGGAGGAGAGCACAUCUGGCCGCCUGCUGCAGGAAGAGAGCAAGAAGGAGGGUGCCGUGGCCUUGCACGUGUACCAGGCCUACGGGAGGGCCAUGGGCCGGGGCCUGGCCCUGGCCAUCCUCUUCUCUCUGCUCCUCAUGCAAGCCACACGCAAUGCUGCCGACUGGUGGCUCUCCCACUGGAUCUCUCAGCUGAAGGCUGCCAAGAAUAGCUCCCAGGAGGCACCAGCCUCUGCCAGCCUGGGUGCCACAGGACUCUUCUCCCCGCAGCUGCUCCUUUUCUCCCCUGGAAGCCUCUACACCCCAGUGUUCUCACUGCCUGAAGCUGCCCCCAAUGGCUCCUCAGACAUCCGUUUCUACCUCACCGUGUACGCAACCAUUGCUGGGGUCAACUCCCUCUGCACCCUCCUCCGGGCAGUGCUCUUUGCAGCAGGCACCCUCCAAGCAGCGGCCACCCUGCAUCGACGCCUACUGCACCGAGUUCUCAUGGCACCAGUGACUUUCUUCGACACCACACCCUCGGGCCGGAUCCUGAACCGUUUCUCCUCCGAUGUGAGCUGUGCAGAUGACAGCCUGCCCUUCAUCCUCAACAUCUUCCUGGCCAACGCAGCAGGCCUGCUGGGCCUUCUGGUUGUGCUGGGCUCCGGCCUGCCCUGGCUGCUGCUGCUGCUGCCGCCUUUGAGCAUCAUCUACUACCGGGUGCAGCGCCACUACAGGGCCUCCUCUCGGGAGCUGAAGCGCUUGGGCAGCCUCACGCUGUCUCCACUGUACACCCACCUGGCCGACACCUUGGCCGGCCUCCCUGUGCUUCGUGCUGCCGGGGCCACCGACAGGUUUGAGGAGGAGAACCAGCGUCUCCUGGAGCUAAACCAGAGGUGCCAGUUUGCUGCCAGUGCCACGAUGCAGUGGCUGGACAUUCGGCUGCAGCUCAUGGGGGCAGCAGUGGUCAGCGCCAUCGCAGGCAUCGCCCUGGUGCAGCACCAGCAGGGCCUUGCUAACCCAGGGCUGGUGGGCCUGUCGCUGUCUUACGCCCUGUCCUUAACGGGCCUGCUCUCAGGCCUGGUGAGCAGCUUCACGCAGACAGAAGCCAUGCUGGUGAGCGUGGAACGGCUAGAGGAGUACUCCUGUGACCUGCCCCAGGAGCCUCGGGGCCAGCCGCUGCAGCUGGGCACCGGCUGGCUGACCCAGGGGAGCGUGGAGUUCCAGGACGUGGUGCUGGUGUACCGGCCCGGACUGCCGAAUGCCCUGGACAGGGUGACCUUCCGCGUGCAGCCUGGAGAGAAGCUGGGCAUCGUGGGCCGCACGGGCUCCGGCAAGUCUUCCCUGUUGUUGGUGCUCUUCCGGCUGCUGGAGCCCAGUUCAGGGCGAGUGCUGCUGGAUGGUGUGGACACCAGUCAGCUGGAGCUGGCCGACCUCAGAUCCCAGCUGGCCAUCAUCCCCCAGGAGCCCUUUCUGUUCAGUGGGAGUGUUCGGGAAAACCUGGACCCCCGGGGCCUGCAUGAAGACAAGGCUCUGUGGCAGGUCCUCGAGCAGUGCCACCUGAGCGAGGUGGUUGUAUCCAUGGGUGGUCUGGAGGCCAAGCUGGGUACAGGGGGCCGGAGUCUGUCCCUGGGGCAGAGGCAGCUGCUGUGUCUGGCCAGGGCUCUCCUCACAGAUGCCAAGGUCCUGUGUAUCGAUGAGGCCACAGCAAGCGUGGACCAGAAGACAGACCAGCUGCUCCAGGAGACCAUCUGCAGACGCUUCGCCAACAAGACAGUGCUGACCAUUGCCCACAGGCUCAACACGAUCCUGAACUCCGACCGGGUACUGGUGCUGCAAGCAGGGAGGGUCAUGGAGCUGGACUCCCCUGCCACCCUGCGUAACCAACCCCACUCGCUGUUCCAGCAGCUGCUGCAGAGCAGCCAGCAGGGGGCCCCAACCGCUCCCUGAGGGCCCUGAGCCGGUUCCCUGCCCUGGGAGCUCACUCCUCUCUGAUCCGCAGCUGG